UCGGUGAGCCGCCGUCCGCCCCCGGCCGGCAGGCUGGGCGCGCAGGGGCACCAUGGGCACGGUGCUGUCCCUGUCCCCCAGCUACCGCAAGGCCACGCUGUUUGAGGAUGGCGCGGCCACGGUGGGCCACUACACGGCGGUGCAGAACAGCAAGAACGCCAAGGACAAGAACCUGAAGCGGCACUCCAUCAUCUCCGUGCUGCCCUGGAAGAGGAUCGUGGCCGUGUCGGCCAAGAAGAAGAACUCCAAGAAGGUGCAGCCCAACAGCAGCUACCAGAACAACAUCACGCACCUCAACAAUGAGAACCUGAAGAAGUCGCUGUCGUGCGCCAACCUGUCCACGUUCGCCCAGCCCCCGCCGGCCCAGCCGCCCGCGCCCCCGGCCAGCCAGCUCUCGGGCUCCCAGACCGGGGGCUCCUCCUCCUCCUCCUCCGUCAAGAAGGCCCCGCACCCCGUGGUCAGCUCCGCGGGGACGCCCAAACGGGUCAUCGUCCAGGCGUCCACCAGCGAGCUGCUGCGCUGCCUGGGCGAGUUCCUCUGUCGCCGGUGCUACCGCCUGAAGCACCUGUCCCCCACGGACCCCGUGAUCUGGCUGCGCAGCGUGGACCGCUCGCUGCUGCUGCAGGGCUGGCAGGACCAGGGCUUCAUCACGCCGGCCAACGUGGUCUUCCUCUACAUGCUCUGCAGGGAUGUCAUCUCCUCCGAGGUGGGCUCGGACCGCGAGCUCCAGGCCGUCCUGCUGACCUGCCUGUACCUCUCCUACUCCUACAUGGGCAACGAGAUCUCCUACCCGCUCAAGCCUUUCCUGGUGGAGAGCUGCAAGGAGGCCUUUUGGGACCGCUGCCUCUCCGUCAUCAACCUCAUGAGCGCCAAGAUGCUGCAGAUCAACGCCGACCCACACUACUUCACACAGGUGUUCUCCGACCUGAAGAACGAGAGUGGCCAGGAGGACAAGAAGCGCCUCCUCCUGGGGCUGGAUCGGUGAGCGCCGGAGCCCACGGCCUGGCUCAAGGAUUCCAUUCACUUUUAAAAAUUUAUAACUGAGACAAAUCAAGUUCUGUGUACAGUAUGUGUCUAGCGAAGCCACCGAGGGCCUCUCUCUUCCUAUAGUUUUCUCCUUGGGUUUUUGGUUUUGUUUUUGGUUGUUGUUGUUGUUUUAUCCUCUCCCUUCCUUCCCCCUCCCCACCCCCACCCCAGUCCUGUCAAGGAGUCUGGGGACUUUUGAACUCAUGAACCUUGUGCAAAGCCAGAGGAUGCAUUCAGAGCCAUCCUGGCCGCAGACCUCUCACUCUGGGGAGCUCGAGGGACUGUCCCACCCCCUGUCCACCUGGGGCCUUGUAGGAUCCAGGGUGGGAGAGGCUGCCCACUGCUCUCAGGCUGGGCUGGGCUGGAGAGGGGCCUCUGGCCCGUGGGCCCAGGAGAGGAGUUGGGAUUUCUGGUUGGAGGCCGGCCCUUUCCUGAAAGGCAACUGUUUUGGGUGAUUCAUUCUCCCAGGGGCUUCUGGAGACAGCUGCCCUGACUAAGCCUUGCAGUGGGUUAGGAGGCAGGAUGUCCACCGCCCUGGGGCACCUUCGAUCAGGAAGGCUGAGCCCGGCUCAUGCAAAGCGUAUGUUCCAUUGUUGACCAUGCUUGGACCUAGUUUGCGGUCUCCUCUUUUAGGGAGAAAGGCUUUCCUUUACUGGAAUCGCCUACCUCUUUUCUCCUCGUCCACUGUUCCCAGCUUCCCACGCUAGUGCUGGUCCAUGAGCUGGUUGGCCUCAUUAGAUUAUAUCAUUUUGGGUCCCAGCUAAAGGUGGGGUAAAGCUGGGAUGGCUCCUUUCGUGGGUGAAUUUGUCAUUUGAAUAAUGCAGCUUAGUCACUGUGGGGAAAGCCAGGACGGCAGCAGGUGCCCGCUAGCCACAGCCUGCUUUUCAGGCUGGGAGCACCUAUGCCUGCAGGCAAACCAGUGCCCACCUAAGUGCUAAGGCCUUUUGCUGGUGCACGGGACAUUUGUCCGGCAGGGCUGGGGGAAAUAAGACCACGUGAGGGGUGAUGUGGUAAUGGUAUACUCCAUCCCCACCCUUGUUAAUUUAAAGCUGUUCCCAAACAGUCCGGUUUCUCCUGGAGAGAAAGCCUUGCUCGGCAUGGCUCAGCUGAAUCUUGGAGACUAUCACAAGAUGGAGUGUGACUCCUGAUUGCUCUGGAAGUGUGGCAGUUUCAUGACUCAUAGCUGCUGGUUUUGGUGCCCAGCUUACCUUAGUGGCUGCAGAACACAUGAUGUGGACUUUACAGACUUUGUUUUUGGUUUUUCUUUAUUAUUAUUAUUAUUUUUAAUUGGCAGUGCUAAGGUUUGAAUUCAGGGCCUUGCACUUGCCAGGCAGGUGUUUUACUGCUGAGCCACACCUCCAGCCCCCAAUUUUCUUUCUCCCAGACUGGUGGCUUGGAGAGGUCCAAUAGAAGGGCCCCAACCCAGCUUUGGGGAACAAAGGACAAUGUGAAGAUGCUACAGAGGAGUCUCUUCCAGUCCAGUCCCUGGGGAUUGCUGGAACUGGGGAUCCGGGUGGAUUGGCAGAGGUCAUUUUACAUAGGAGUAGGUUUUAGGUGGCUAGCAACUUUCUACAAGCACUACUGAAAUCCACAUUAAAAAAAAAGAGAAAGCUGUGAAAUUGAGGCCCUCCUGGCCUGGAGCAGAGCCUUUUGGCCCAGUGUUCCCAGGAUGGAGAAGAGGUCCUGCCCAGGCUGGAGCCUUUCCCCAGCUGCUGUGAGGCCCAUGCUGAGCCAACCGGGAUGUCAGAUGACCCUCCGCAGCGCUGGAAGGCCUGUGGCCACUGGUGCAGACUCACCGCAGCCUGUUGUCAGAUUCUGCUGCCAAAGGCGACCUGAGCUAGGAGCUCCUCGGGAAAGCCGGCCCUGGUGGCGUGGGGAGGAGCUUUGGCUGAACCUGACCUGGAACUGUGCCAUUUGGUUGCAUCCGCAGGAAUCCAGUUUGGGGGUCUGUUUCCUUCUCUAUUUCUUAUUUUUUUUUUGGAGAAAGUGCACAUUUCAAGAGUGGCUGGGGACCAAGGAAACAACUUCGUUGUUCCAGCCAUGAGAGGCCUGUGGGUCCCUCCCCACGCACUGGUCCACCAGUAUUGUGUAAAGGAACAGCUGACACACUUGAGUGUCCAAGCUAUGAACCCAUCGGACAUGCUGCUACGAAGACUACUUUUAGAACAACAACAAAAAAAAAAGGAAAAAAAAAACUAACGUACAAAAACCCUUUUAUUCUUUAAUCGUUGCUUUUACAGUGAUACUGUGCAUGCAAACCAGGAGCAUUUUGUGUCUUAAAAAUAAUCUUAGAACAGAUGGCUGUGAAAAUUACACCCAUGCAGAGAACAAGCCACAGGAAUAAUAGUUCAGGAUUUGGUUUUUCUCUUUUUCUUGUAAGCCAGAAGGGUUGAUAUAUUCUUUCCAUGCAGUUAUUAGAAUUUAGUUUUGUUCCAACAGUUCAACUUGGAAUGAAAAGAAAAUGUGCCAUUUUCUUCCCUCAGAACUCUUCAUAGCUGUGUAUUUGAAAGCGCUAAUUAUACACAUGUGGUGUAUGUUGGUUUUUUUUUUUUAGUGCAAUUUCUUCCGUAGCUAUUCUUUGACCAAACUGUGGGUAUUGUUAAUAUUAAUUUAUACUUGUCUCAUUUUGUAUGUAUGUGUUGUGUGUUUGUGAGGAUGUGUGGUUUAUAAUCUGACAGUCAUGAAGCUCAGUUUGGCUGUGAUUUAAUUCCCUGACCCUUAUUUUUAUUUAUUUUUGUACUGUGCUGAUUCAAUAAAAUGCACUGACCAUCCAUUAUAUUGA